AUGGCUCCCAACAUCGUGGAUGCGCCUCAAAAUGCAGAUUCCAACCCCGGCCAGAAGACUCUGCACGUAUGGUCUAAGUCGAUAGAACAACCCGACGGGCAGGGCCAAUCCGAAGCAAAUAGCCACAACGCUAGACCAACUAUUUCUGAGGCAGUCAGCAUGAUCAAGGCAGAUGACUUCACCAAUGUUCACAACACGCCGUGUGCGAGGCAAGGAUUUCUCACAGGCAUCGCUGCCGGCGCUGGAGUCGGAGCAUUGAAGUUUGUUCUUAAAGGGAACGCUGUCAAGUCAGCAAACUGGGCUGUUGGCAUGUUCAUACUCGGAAGCACGGCAUCGUACGAAUACUGUCAGUACCUCCGACGAGCCGAGCGAAUACAGAUGAAGCGGCAAAUUGAGAUCGUCGCGGAGAACAAACGAGAACAGGCCAGGAGGGCGGCAGAGGAUAAACGCGAGAAACUCAAGUUGGAACAGGAGAGUACGGCGACGCAAAAGCCUUGGUAUAAGUUUUGGUGA